UAUUUCCUUUACAGACUUUAAUUAUUUAUUAGUAUUAAUAAAUAAUAAUAUUGCUUAAGCCUAAUUAAUACAACAUAGUUAAAUUACCGUUAGGCCUAAGGUAACCAUUAGUAUUAGUAUUGCUGUUAGGCCAAGUCAAAUUUAAAGCUUUGUGUUUGCAGGUUCUGAUGCAAUCCUACAAUAGACUUAUAAAUUACUAAUAAAUAAGAAAUUUUGCGCAUGAUGCCUGGAAGAACUGAAGAGUUAUCCAAGAAAGAAAAAUAUUUGAAAAUGAGAUUGAAAGAAAAAAGGGCCAUCUAUAGAUGUUCCAAGUAUAUUACAUUGAUUGAUAUUCCAACUUGGCAUGAUUACUACAGAGUUAAAUACCUACAGAAGAACAAUAAUGAUGACUUUGGUCCUAUCCAGAAUGAUUUGAAUAGAAAGGUUUCUUUGUUUUUUGGUGAUAUUACUUCUCUUGAAGUUGAUGCUAUCGUAAAUUCUGCCAACAAAAAUCUGAGAGGAGGAUUAGGAGGAGUUUGUGAUGUCAUACUUAAAGCAGCUAAUUCUGACCUGCUAGAAGAAUGUAUUGCUUUAGGAGGAUGUAACACUGGUGAUGCCAAAAUUACAGGAGGUUACAUGUUACCUGCAAAGUAUAUAAUUCAUGCAGUCGGGCCAAAUAUUGAAGACUCUCAUAAACUUUGUAGCAGUUACCUCAAGUCAUUAGAUCGGUUAUUAGAAAAUAAACUUAAAAGUAUAGCCUUCCCUUGUAUCUCCACUGGACUUAAUG